AGUUCUCAUCUGAGCAGCUGAGCUGAGGCGGCGGGCUUUCUCAAUAUUCAAUAGUUAGCAAGAAUGAACACCGCUACUCGUCGAGCACGAAAUAAACGUCCAAGGCCGAUAGAUGUUAUUGAGGAUGAGGAAGAAGGCAACAGCACAGGUAAGCUCCUGUACAAAAGCCAUAUAUGUUGCUUGGAACGUGUAUUUGUUUACUUGUUUUGUCCUGCAAAAUACGAUGAUGAACUGAUCACAAACAUCAAUGUAGCUAGUUAGCUAGUUGCACUGUUAUUUAUUGUUUUUAUUCUAUGGAGCACCCCAACCUCAGCUUUUCACAGUGCAAUGUACUUGUACAUAAAUCUUGUGAGAAUAAACAUCUUGAAUCUUGAAGCGUUAGCCUUGCUAUCGCUCAGGUUAGUGGAGCAGGGUUCAAAACCAACGGCACUACAUCGUCCAGGGCUUGCAGGGGCCGAAUUAGAAUUAGGCCGAAUUUUCAAGAGGUCCCCCGCUAGAUGAUAAUUUUGAACUAAAUGGGACCCUUGUGGGUGUGUAACUCUGAGAGUAUACAAAAGGAACCAAAUGGACCCGGUAGUGUCCAUUAUUUUUACACUCUAAAUUAAUCAACAAUAACUUUAGCCUCUCAAAAAGGGACAUAUCUUUUCAAAUAUGGCUCUGCAGGCUAAUAUGUGUGAGUUUGGAGGUGUUGAUAGGAAAACGUUUAAGAACCACUGGCUUAUACUGAUUGAAACCGACCCAUGUUUAGCCCAGGGACCAACAAAUGUGUAUUUGGGACAAAUGUGCCUUAUCCACAAUGAGUUCAUUGAAAAAGGCUUCAAAGCUCCCCAGACCUAUUUGGAAUGAAUUAUUUUAGCCUUCAUAUAGCAUAAUAGUGGGCGGGGUUUGCUGGUUCCACUAAAACGAGCCCCAUUCAUUUUCACCACAGGCUUUUACAAAAAUAUUUAUAACAAUUAUUUUUAACUUAGAACCAAGCCAUCCAGCUUUCCAGUGAAUCAUGACCAUGAAACCUUUGAUUCCAUGAAAAGAAAAAAAGAAACGCUAAACAAAGGAUAUUUAUGAAAUGAAGUAUAUCAAAUAAUUAAAUAUUCAAAUAUUUCUUUUCACAGAACCAAAGGUUUCAUGGUCAUGAUUGACUGGAAUCCUGGAUGGCUUGGUUCUAGGUUUAAAAUAAUUGUUAUAAAUACUUUCGUCAAAGCCUAUGGUGAAAAUGAAUGGGGCUUAUUUUAGUGGAACCAGUAAACCCUGCCCACUAUUAUGCUCUAUUGGAGUCUCUGUGCCACACACCAGUAUAGUGGCAAAUAUGGUUUACAGCACUGUUUCCUAGACAGUGGGUCGGGACCCAUUGGUGGGUCAGACAUAUGUGGUGAUCAUGUUCUUUUCCAACAUUUAUCAAUCUAUAUCUUUCCAGAUUUGACGAAAAUAAUACAUUUAAAAAACAAACAAAUCUUAAAAAAGAAAAAACGCAAAUAUUAAAUAUGUAUUAAGAAACAGUGAAAAUAGCCAAUCUACAAGCUCUCAACAUGGUGUGUACUGAUUGAUGCGAAGGGUUAUGUCACAUUAGGUCCAAUUGAAACAUUCAACUUGUGCUUAUGCCAUUACUCAGUGUUAUAGCUGGCAAACACAACAUUAGUAACAAGCAAUUUUGGUUAACUAAUCAGCAUUUGUCAUCUCUGUUUCAGGAAACCCUGUGUCCCAGUCGCCCACUGCUGAGCUGGCAGCAAAGAGGAUGCGCACACAGCUAGAGAAGGCCAAGAAUAAUGAAGCUUCUCAAGCUAAAGUGAUUGAGAAGUUAACGAAAGAGAAGGAAGACCUUCUGGCUGAAGUGGCCAAAUGUAAGUACUCCACUUGUAUUCAAUUACAUUAGACAGGACAACUAUCCACUCGUCCUUGACUCUUUGCCCUGUUACCCCCCAAACUGUGGAACAAACUCCCAGUUGCACUUAGAACUACAGACUCAAUGGUUAGUUAAUUUUGCAAACUUCAAAUAGGCUAUUUGCAGUUCUGUUCUACUGUAGCCUAGAGUUAUUAGUUUUAAGAACCUUGUUAACCAGUAAAAUCACUCUCAGCCCCACUGCUCCUUUUUGUAGUUUGUGAUGUGAUAUAGGCCUUGCUACAUGCUCAGUGUUUGUGCUGUUGUAUUCCCUAAGAUGCCCCUCUCUAUUGUGUCUAAUGCGUUAUUUGUCUUUGUAUCUAUUGUUUUGCUUUCUUAGAUAAGAAAAAAAGUACCAAGGCAAAUGAAGAAGAGUAUGCAUCCAGUGACUCCCAGAUUUCCACAACCUCCACAUCUUCCUCUUUGUCAUCCUCCUACUCUUCAACCUCAGAGGAGGAGAGAAAGAAGAAAGGGAAGAAGAUGAGGAAGAAAGGGAAGACACAGAAACGGCCAAAAAGGAAGAAGGCAAAGUCCAGUAAGGAAAAAGGAAGACGCAGAGGUAACUGUGCUUUGCAAACAUGACCUUUUUGGUGACCACAACACACACACACCUGCGCUCUUUCCUAAUAACUUGUACUUUUGCUUUAUGGUGUCAACUUAUUUUUGAAUAUAAGAUCUUUCAGGCUUUUGUUAGCUUAAAGGGUACAACCGUGUUACGUAUUUUGGUGUCAAAACGCCUGUUGUAUCAAGAAAAACUACAGAAAUGACAGCAGAGAUCUACAGCUACAAUCGUAGGUCUGCUAUAUCAAAUUUCAUAAAACGAUUUUUCUCUUUGUAUUUUUCAUUUCAGCAAUGAAUCCUCAGCAGGUGGUUGAGAGGUACAAGAAGGUGCUGGGUCACUUCCAGUAGGGCAAAAAUCUAUCUGAGAGCUACAAUGCUGUGGACGUCAACAAAAACACCAUUACAACCAGCGCCUCCAUUCCAGAGCUCGCCAUAUCCGCACCGGAUAAAUAUGCUGACGUUCUGCAGGGCUAUUCUAGGUCGCAGAAGCUGAAUGUAUUUGUGCAGGAAUGUUCAAAGGUCCUCAGUGAGGACCCCGAAUUGAUGGCUAAGGUAGAUAAGCUUAAGGAUGAAGGGAAACUACUCCCGAUCUCAAAGAGAACAUAAUCUCCCUUUUUUUUUUUUCUUUUUCGGAUCACAGUUUUAAGGGCAAGGUCACACCACACUUUUAUUCUUCCUAGCACUCCAUUUACCUCUUUAAAUACAUUGGCAGAAUCUGUCCUUAUAGGUGGAAUAAAAGUGUGGUGUGACCAUACCUGAAGUAGGUUACCUCCAGUCCAGAUAUUUAAAUUGUUUUAAAGGGUGUGUUGGCUACUUAAAAAAUGGAGGUCCCUCACACUGUCUUCACUCACAGGAGGAGGUUAUUAGGCAUCAGAUAAAUAUUAUAGUAGCUUAAUGAACUACUCCUGUGAGUGAAAAUGGUGUGCAGUAUUUCCUUUAUUAUUAUUAUUUUAUUUCUACUGCACCGAUUUCCUGUCCUGGUGCUGAAAAGGACUUUAUAUUGCACUAAUUGCCCGUUCUCUACAAAGGACGUUGUUCAAAGUGUGUACAUUAUUAUUUUUCUUCUAUUGCACUGAUUUCCUGUCCUGGUGCUGAAAAGGACCCUCCUAUAUUGCACUGAUUGCCUGUACUCUAAGUGUUUACAUUUUAUAGGAAAAUGCUCCGUUCAACUGUCAGGGUAAAUGUUUUAUAAAUUUAUAUUGGAAUUAAAUGUUAAAUGCUGUUCUCUACACCGUUACGUCUGUCACAUUUAUUGUGGUACAAGAUUGUUUAAAUCUUUCUCUGAUCAUUGUGUUAAACAUGAAAUAAUGUAGAAUACUUGGUCUGUAAGGCAAUCUCUUGGACUAGUUGGACAGGGCACACCAUAACAUAUGCAAAUGUUUUUUAUAUUUUUUAAUCCUUAGCACUGUCUCACAAAUCAUUUGCGAAACAUGAGAAUUCUAGUUGUGUGUCGUGUCAGCACCCAUGAAGGCCGGGAAGGUAGAUAUUUUGAAGUGUCAUCCAUUUGGCCAGGCAUGGGCUCUUCAAGAUAGGGGCCAAACAUCACCUCAGAUGUGUGUAGGUUUGCCUCUUUAUCAACAGUUUGAAUAGGCUGCUCAUCUUCUUCUAACAUGUCCUUCAGUUGUAUAUUGUUGUUCAUAUUUGAUUUUCCCCCCAUCAUAUUCUUCAUCAUCCUUAUCUUUUGGUGCAUUCUUAUGUACUGGGGCCUUUGUGCACAGGUAAAAUCUCAACACUCCCAUUCUAAGUAUGCUGUACAGUUCUCCAACUGUAAUAGCUUCAUCAAAAAUAGUUUCCUCCUGAUAGUCUAAUAUGUCAUGGCUAAAUGCUGCAAAUUUCCCUACUUUAUUUUGUCCUUUUGGGAAGAAAUAUUCUUUGGCAUACUGUGAUAUGCCCUCUUUUUCUGAUUGUCUGGGGACAUCAAGCUGGCCAGAUGUCCAGUUUGCUUUGAAUUGAAAAAUAUCACACACUCGCGUCACAUCACUGUUAUCGUGGCUGUUAGUGACGCCCAAGAGUGAGAGAUAGUAGGUAGCCUAUGCAAUAAAAAUGUUAUCAAAUGCUGAACUCAUGGCAACUAAUUAUUGUCGUUGUUGACGUUUAUAACAGUUUUUUCUGUUUCCUUGAAAUUUAGCCUUUAAACAUAGAGAUCAAGUUUAUUUCAGUGAAAACAUUUUUUUAUAACUGGACAACACACCAGAUAUACAGAGAAGGUUCUGAUGUACCUGAGCAAGAUAUACCUUUAGUUCAAUGUAUCUGAAGUCAGACUCUCAUACUGAGACAUUUUCUGUGCUCAUCCAUUUUCUCACUCUAUGAAUUUACUUUUAGUCACAGGUCGGCUUCUCAACCUUGCUGCCAUGAUUUCAUGUUUCCUGCAAUAUCUCCCUAUAUUUAGUUGAAACUGUUGGUAGCAGAUCCCACCUGAGAUAGAUUUCUUGUCAGAUAUUCCAUAUCUCCUUAGAGAGCUUUGACAGAAAACCGGUAGAAACCAGCUCAUUACCUUUUGAGCUUUAAAAUAAUUCUCUUGUAGGAAUAAGUGGCUAUAUUUUAGAGCACAAAACAUAAACUUGUGUGAAUAAGUCAUCAAAAACCUCCUGUGGACAGGUGUUGGGUCUUACUAAAAGAUAAUGAGCAUGGUAUGGUUUGAAUUUAUCAUAAAUGUCUUGAGAUUAAUAUUUGAUCAUUAUCUUAAAAUGACAUUGAUGCACUGGGAUAUAGGACAACCACCUACUUUGAAUAAAAUGGAAAUAACAGAAACCAACGUUUAAUUUAGAAAUUCAACAUUAAGUCAAUCUUGAAUCAUUUUUUUGUCAAUUUCAUAUGUCAUAUAAUGCAACAAUCUGCAUGCAUUUUUAAGUUGUCCCAAUAAAGGAGUUUUUGGGUGAAUCCUACAAUUCUUUAAUAGUUAAACCUACUUAAUUAGCUUAUUACAACCAACAUGAUUUGUUUUGCUCUCUUCAAGCUUAAUUAGGUUGGACUAACUUAAUUUUCAGUUAAAAGUUUUUGUGAUAUUUAUUUGUCCUCACAACUAAACGACUAGUACGCUGAACUGAAUGCAACUCUUUACUCUUUUUAUAAAAGACUAUUAAACAACGCAUGGCCACAAGAUAAUAAGUCAUGUCCACGAGAAAGUUAUUAUGUGGCCACAAGAUAAUUUACCUUCAGUAGUAUCUGUCAGUUUUAGAGUAACGCUGCUUAUUAUUCAUGAAUAAAGUUAAUUUUAUUCUGUUUUUGUGUUCAAGAGUAGCUUUGUUGUUACCGUCAUGGUGAGUGUAAUGUCAGUAAUAAUGCUUUGACAGGCUGGAGGAGCUCAUGUCUACCUGAAGCCGGACAUGUCAGUGUUGCUAAAUGAAAAAGGGUAGUAUUUCUAAAUACUGUAGUGACCCUGCAGUAAUGUUCCUAUUAAAAUGUUUAAGUGUC